AUGAGUCACUCCCCCACCACUCUUUUGACCACUUCGAGAUCAUCACCAUCAGGAUUUGGUGUUCCGAGCUCACCUUCUACAGCCGGGAGUGUGUAUAAUCCAUCGGGAAAGUUUUCAGAAAAUGAAUUGAGAAUGGAGAAAUUACUUCCGUUGCUGGUAGAUUAUUCUAUUGAAUUUACAUCAGCUGUACAUAGUGAUAUCCAUCGAUCUGUUGUAUUUGAAGGAGGAAAAUUAAUGGGAAAUAUAAUCAUGAAACCAUCAUCACAAGUAUUUGAUAUUGCUGCAGCAGUGAAAUAUCAACAGCAAGUUCACCAAUCACCUCUUUCUUUUCUCGAUCGAGAUUUAUCAUCUCCUCUGACUGCUAGCGUUCCUGGAUCAAAUACAUCAUCUGAUAUUUCAAAUGGAUAUUUAUUUACUACUUUUACGAAUAUAUUUGAUAUCAAACCUGAUAAGGAUGUAAAUGCCAGCGCAGAAGAAUAUUUACCAACAAAUAAUUUAUUGUUGUUAGAUGAAAAGCAAAGAGAACUUUUGUUGACAAAAGCAAAGAAAACUUGGAAAGAUUUAUUCUCUAAACUACACAUCAAAACAUACAUUUCAUCUAGAUUUCCAGAAAGCGUGAAAUCUACCACUCCAUCGUCGUCUGGGGCUUCUAAUAGUGCCACAUCCAUUGAUAUCAAAUAUUUUGAUGCCAGCAAAGAAUUUAUUGAUUUUUAUUUGUUUAAAAGCAACUUUGUCGCCAAGCAAGCUGUGAAUUCACAAAGUAUAUUUAUGGAGAUGACUGCGAAUGAGUAUGCGAAUAAGGGAUACGAAAUGAACGAUCAAGACCAAGAUGACAGACAUAUUCAAUUAACCUUUCCUUUCAAUAUUGACAUUCCUUUCAAUGACUUGAACAGAAAUCCAUUCUUUGUUAUCUCUGAAAUAUUUAUUCCAUCAGACCAAUUCUCUGAUAGUAUGGUCAGAUCAUUAGCUGACGUCAAAUCUCCGUUCAGUAUGGUUAACAACUUUGAUUUAGAUUUUUUAGUCUCCUAUGACACAAGUCAACAGUACAUUCCAUCUAGAAUAUUCUUAUGUGCUCUCUGUAAACCUAUAGCUCUUAGAAAGUCUCUAAAACUUACUUCAAAAACAAAAUUGAUGAAUAUGAAAAAUUAUAUUCAGUUAGUGUUAGAGAACAGCUGUGAGAGUCAGACCAUCAAAAUUGAAAAAAUUGAGCUCAAUCUAGCGAAUGCCAAGUUUUGUAAAUAUUGCACUCCAGGUGAUACACAACAAACACUCGUCUCCAAUGCUGACGAAUCUCAACUCAAAAAUACCACAACUGCCAAUCAUAUAAUUUCUCCUCCACCAAAUGCAAUUUACGAUUUAUUUAAUUGCUUUAUUGAAAAAUCUCAAUUUCCAUUAGAGUUAAAACCUUUUGAACAAUUUACAGCCAACUUGCUCGUUUCUCCCAUUUAUAGAAAUAUGGAUGAAAUUAUUGAAAAGCUUCAAAAUAGAAAACCAAUUACUAACCUUUUUUUCAACACAAUGAGAAGCUUCAACAGCAAUAGCACUGACUCUACUCCAUCCAACAGUAAUUCUCUAGUAUGGGACGAUAGUUUAGGUCUCUAUAAAUCUCGAAUUGAGGUUACCUAUAGUAUUAAGAAUGUGGAAGAAGAAAAAGAGGAAACUUCAGAUGAAAACAACGUUGCAGCUACAAAUCAACAAGAAUCGAAGCAUUCCACAAGAUUUAAGAGCUAUAUUGAUGCUCCAUGGAUUGCUGUACUUAAACGAGGUCUUUUUGCCUCUAUCAAGUAUGACAAACAAUCGGUGGCUCUUAUGGAACCAUUUACAGUGUCAAUAUUUUUAUCUAAUUUCGGAGAUAGUGAUUGUGAUUUAAUACUUUCUUCUCAACCAACAGCCAAAUCGUCCAUCAUUUGUCAAGAUGCUCAAAUAGAUGUUGGUAUUGUUAAACCAAGUCAAUCGACAAAGGUUGUUCUACACUACAUUGGAGUUCAACAGGGCUUGCAUCACAUGGAUUUACUUUGUAUUUAUAAUAAGAGAACUCAACAACAGUUCAUUUUCCCCUUCUUCCCUCAAGUCAUCAUUACCAAGUGA